AUGGGUUCAAAUUAUCUUCUUCCAAAUUAUCUUCGUGAUAGUCAUUUAGAAAAAUGCAAUAAAAAGACUUGUUCAUGCAUUUCUUUACCUACUCAUUGGAAUCCUAAUGACUGUGGCCCUUGUAUUGUAAUAGUUGAUGAAAAAAAAUUAAUCGUUAAACACUCCGGUCCGGGUACUGAUCCAAUAGAACCAGUUUCAAUUCGUGCAAACAAUCAUAUUCCACCCGAAGUCGGCUUGUAUUACUUCGAGACAACAAUUAUAAAUCGUGGUGAUCGAGGUUAUAUUGGAAUUGGUCUUAGUAAACCCGGAACUCCUCUUGAUAAAAUGCCAGGAUGGGUUCUAGACACAAUUGGAUAUCAUGGUGAUAAUGGUCGUUUAUAUCGUGAACGUGAAAGAGGUGUAAAUUUUGGUCCUCUUUACACUACCGGUGAGACUGUUGGUUGUGGAAUUAAUUUUUUUGAUACCGAAAUUUUUUUCACAAAAAAUGGUAUUCUAUUAGGUAAAGAGUUAUCAUUUAAACUUGAAAAAAAAAUUUAUCCUACAUGUGGUAUGGCAAGUCCAAAUGAAAGUAUAUUAGUAAAUUUUGGUUCUGAACCUUUUAAAUUCCCUAUUGAUCUCUACGCAAAGAGAAUUUUUUCUAAAGCUAAAAAAUACAAAAUGGAGAUACUAGAAUAA